AUGCCAUUAACAAAGGUUCUAAGAGCAGAAAGUGAUUUUUGUGCAUCUUCUGAAGAAAGUGUAUAUUCUGAAGAAAGUGAAUAUGAUUCAGAUGGAUAUUUGGAACCAUAUAUAGGCAAUUCAACUGCAACUUAUUAUCGUAAAUAUGGUCCUCAUGGAAAAUUUACUGUAGCAUCAGAGAAGACAAAUUCUCUUACAAAUUUUUUUAAACCCAUUAAUUUGGACGAUAAUGAAGAUAAAAUUAAUGAAACUGUUUCUUUUAUUAGAAUGGAUAGUGGAUAUAAUGAAAGCGAUGAAAUAAGUGAGUAUAAUGAAGCAAGUGAAAUGGGUAGACAUACCGGAAUGGAUAGGGAAACAGGUAGACAUGAUAGAAUUGAUAGUGAAACGA